UAACAAGAGAAACCAGAAAAACUGUAAACUUUAGAGUCUCAAGUUGUUUCUCGUUCUUUUAUUUUAUCCUUUGGACCAAAGAGUACAACAACUAUUAAUAUAUUAAUAAACAGAGUAAUAUAUUUAUAAACAGUGAUAUUACUCUUUGCUUUGGACUGAAAAGCACAAAACCACGCCUCCUCAACGGCUAGUCUUUAAAUCACAGAUUUCGAUUUUUAUCAAAUUUUCUAACAUUCUUAUUCAAUUUGAUUUAUAUUUAUAAUAGUUUAUUUUUUCUCUUUUUCAUUUUAUUUGUUUUAAUCAUGUCUGAGUCUAAUGCUGAAACAAGUGUUCAACGCGAAGAAAGAUUGGGACUUUUGACUACAAGAUUUAUAUCCCUCUUACAAGAUGCUAAAGAUGGUCUUCUGGAUUUGAAAAUGGGUGCUGAUAUUUUAGCUGUCGUAUUGGAAGGAAGUAGUUGUAACACUCGAGAAAAAAAAGAAAUUUUGAAAUUGAAGAAAGAAUUGCAAGAUUCAAAAAAUAAAGAAAUAGAAAUUGACCUGCAUUAUGCCUUAGAGGAGCAAGAAUACGAUUGUCAAUAUGUUGGAGGUAAAGCACAAGAAAACGAUGAAGCAAUGGAAGAAGAUGAUUCAGAUGACAAUAAGAAAACGAAAAUAACAUCAACUCAACCUACAAGGCAAUUACCUCCUCGUAAAGCUGCUCACCGUCAUCCUUUCAUCCAAUUGCACCAUGAAAAGGUAAAUGAAAAUUUAGAUGAUCAAGAUGUCGAUUUAGAGGAAACUGAAGAUUAUUUUAACCCAGAAGAGCCAGAAGAUGGGAACGAAGCUGUUGGAGAUAAAGCAAAAGACAACGAUGAAGCUAUGGAAGAAGAUGAUUCAGAUGACACUUUUGCAACAAAAAUAACAUCAGCUCAAGUUACAAGACAAUUACCUCCUCGUAAAGUUGCUCAACGCCACCUUGUCAUUCGGUCACGCAACCUUGUUAAAAAUAAGAAAAAUAGUAUUAAUAAAAAGAAGGCAUCUCCAAAAGAAAGAGAAACAGUAAUAGGAAGUGGUAAAGAGCAAAAAGAAAACACAAAAACUAGAAGUCGAGGUAGAAUUUCAACCUUAAAUCAGCAAACUAACGAAACUAAAAGCCAAAAUACUGAAAAUCAUCCAGUUAAUAAUCCAGUGCAUAGUCGGGUCAGUAUUCAAGACAAAUCAUUCGAACAUCAUGAUAUGAUUGAAGACGUAUUACAAGUUAUUGAUAAAUUGUGUUCGUUACCUUCACGACGUGAUUAUUUCUUUCAAUGGGAUAAGUAUACAGGUUAUGUUGAUUUAUUUGAAAUCACAGACCCAAACAUCGAUCGUGUGAAAUUCGAUGGGCAUAAUGUCACAGAUAACUUUGCAAGGCCUCGUACCAUUAGCAGACCUCAAUUUGAAGCCUUUCUAAGACGCGAGAUGUACGGUUUGAGAAAAGAAGCUGCCAAAGAUGCAGAAGUAAAGUAUAGGUGCCCGUAUUGUUUUAUGCGUUGUUCGUCCAAGCGUGGUAUCUUACGCCACAAUCGUUCGCGAAAAAUGUACGGUGAAUGGAGAAGACCUGCUUGUUUAUUAAGGUGCCUAAAAGAGCCAAAUCCUAAUGAAAUUUACGAAUCGAAAUGGCCGUGUCAGAAGAGGACCCCAAUUAUUGAAAUUGAUUGCAAAGUAAUUUUAAUAUGGAUUUACUCUCAGCUUAAUAUAAAGAUUCCAAGAAACUGUUUGCGAAAGAAAAAAGGUUCAAAAUUUGUUCUUCUAGACAGUUAGCUCUUUCACUCUUUCUUCCAAUUAGCUUUCUCAUGCAUCAACUUGAAAUGGAUGGGAAGGCAUUUUAUUUCUUUUCGUUGAUUCAAACCAAAAUAAUUCAUCAGAGUAAUUUUAAUACUCUUUGGACUAAAUGCUAUACAAAUCAAAACAAAAAUACACUUGUAUAAACUUGAAGAGUGACUUAAUUUGCAAUUUACAGUUCAAACAAUUAGUCCACUCUAAUCACUCGCCCUGAAGUAAAGGGUAGCAAGGCUAACGGAAAAUCAAAAUAUACAGAAUCAAACUGCAUAACAUCACAUAAACAAAAGAAAAUAUGCAAGCAACUAAUCAAAAAAUUAAAUUGAAAAUAUUUACUUAUUGAUAAAUAAAUGAUUUAUAUUUUGAAGAACACUGAGAUCAGAGUUUCACUGUAUUUCCAAUGUCUUUUUUUGAUUAAAAAUAAACAUCUUUGCAUCACCGACUAA